CUGCUUAAUUUGCCAUAAUAUAUGUACUCUUUGUGUUCACUAACUCUCCUGCACUCUUCGUACUUGAAAUUAAUUUCUCAAUCAAGCUAGCCCCCUUCAGUACUUUUGGUUGAGUUUGAGAUAUCAAUUCAAAGCUAUAUAGAGCCAUGGCGGAGGAAAAGAAAACAACAUUUAUGUGGAUCAAGGUCGACCUUCAAUGCCCUCGCUGCCGCAAGAAGAUCAAGAAAUUGCUUUGUCAAAUCCCUCAAGUACAAGACCAACAAUACAAGGAGAAGGAAAACUUGGUGGUAAUAAAAGUGGUAUGUUGCAGUCCCGAAAAGAUAAAGCAAAAGAUAAUUUGCAAGGGUGGUGAUACCAUUUUGAGCAUUGAGAUCAAAGAGACUGAGAAGAAGACCAAACCACCUGAGAAGGAGAAGCCACCAGAAAAACCUGCUGAGCCUGAGGAGAAGCCACCACCAAAAGAAGAUACUGAACCGGUUUCAAAGCCUCCUGUUGAACCGGUUUGUGUGCCUGUACGGCCGGUUGGAUUUGGGACUUGUUGUACGGAAUGCUCUGAGGGUCGUGGUGGGGGGCCAUGCCUUUAUGGUAUUGGUAGGCCACCACUAACACCAAAACCGGUUCCAAUGCCGGUUCCGGUACCUGUACCGGCUUACCCGGUUGGGUUUGAGACGUGUUGUACGGAAUGUUCUGAGGGUCGUGGUGGGGGGCCAUGCUUUUAUGGUCUUGGUAGGCCACCACUAACACCAAAACCGGUUCCACUGCCGGUUCCUGUACCUGUACCGGCUAACCCGGUUGGAUUUGGGACGUGUUGUACGGAAUGCUAUGAGGGUCGUGAUGGGGGGCCAUGCCAUUAUGGUCAGGGUAGGACACCCCCAUGUUAUGAUGGCUACUAUUAUGGAAGGCCCAUUUGUGAUAGUUAUGGUGGAGGGUGGUAUAGAAGGAGUUGUUAUACUUAUGUGAAUCGAUGUGAUUGUGAUUACUUCGGUGAGGAACCUUCCUCCGGAUGCACCAGCAUGUGAUUGGAAAUUUGCAUGCAUGCAUGCAUGAUGAUGAUAAUGGUGAUCAUGUUCUAGUUGCCUACUUGCAAGUAAAAAAAUAUGUUCUAGACUCUCGUUGCCUAUAUGGCUAUAUAUGUCACAUGGUCCGCGUGGGUUUGAAUUUUCUUUUAUUGGUUUGUAUGAUAUAUAUGAUAUGGGUUUGGUUAAUGAGCGUGCACGGCUGGGGACAAAUGGUUGUUCAUUUUAGUGUUACUUGAGUUGUAAUAAUUUUUUAAAUAUUAAAAACCUUAUAUUAAU